AGAAUAAACGACUGGUUGGCAGAAGAGAGACUAGUACUAACAAUGAAAUGUGUUCAGUCGUGUACAUAAAAGACUCAAAUGUGAAACACAGAUACUUGAUUGCUGGAGCCGUCAAUAGCUAAGCCAGUCGAUUGUGCAGUAUUCCUACAGCACCUAAAGGCAACAGCAACAGCCGCGUGGUCCCCUCCCUGCUCGUCCUCAGUGAACGCGCAUCACGCACGCUGAACACUGGACAUUAAUGCUUGUCUUCUUAUUUGUAUUCUUUUUAUAUUUAAACACUUUUUAGUUGUAGAAACAGAUUUAGUUGUUACUGUUCCUAUUAUUUGUGUUAUUUUAAUAUAAAUAUUAGCAGCAAUUUCCAUUCAAUCUCAUUUAUUGCAACUAUUUCUUUUGACUUGGAAUUUUUGGGAGAAACAAGAAAAGAUUCCAAAAAAGACCGUGUGUCCUGAGUCUUGUGGCGUUCCCCAUCCUGAUGGCAGCCAACCGGGUGGGGCGGCGGGUCAACAAGGUGUGCAACCAAUCACCAAAUCGCGCUGGCGGGGGCAACGUUGGACGGGAGCCGGGUCACAGCCUGCAGAGACGCCAGGCCAGAGUCACGGUCAAGUACAACCGCAAGGAGCUGCAGCGGAGGCUGGACGUGGAGAAGUGGAUCGACUGUGGGCUGGACGAGCUCUACAGGGGCCGGGAGGAGGCCAUGCCUGAGGAGGUCAACAUCGACGAUCUUCUCGACCUGAAGACAGACGCUGAGAGGAUGCACAGGCUGCAGGAGAUUCUUCAGUCGUGUAACAACAACACAAAGUUGUUCAUCAGCGAGCUGGUGGUGAAACUACACGGUUUACAGAAGCAAGAGGAGCUACACAACGAUGGCAUCGACCUCCCUCAGCUCCACAUCUACCCCACCCGCCCAGGAUCAGCCGAUAGGGAGGUGCUACACUGACAGAGCAAGCGUCCCUGUACUACUUUUAAUUAGAGUCCCUUCAUAUAGAGAGUUACGACAACUGAGAUUACGUCGCCAUGUUGGGGCCAAUUCAAGCGCACGGCUUGCGUGCACAGUACGAAAAUGCAUGUAAAUUGCAAUGUCUCCGCACAAAGGGACCUAUAGAUCUAUAGAUCUAUAUUUUCCAAUGUGUAAUACCGUAUAAUUUGACUGACUUGACUGCAUGAAUGAAAACAUUGUUGAACUGUUAUGGACAUCAUGCAUGAAUGCUUUGCCAACUGCUUAUUAAAUUAGCAAAUUCAGUCUACAUAAAAAAAAAAAGAAUUCUGUUGAGCAUGGAACAGUUACAUUAACUUCAACAUUUGAUUUCAACUGUAAAUGGAAUAAAAAGCAGAAUUUCACGAUACAUUCAAUGCCAACAGAUUUAAAAAUGAAUGCAGUUUUAUAAGUUGGCUCAAGAUCAUGGAUUACUUUAUUUGCAACCAGAGGUGAUUUACACAAGGAUCAUUCUUAACUCUAAGCAUCCAUGACUGCCUUAUUUUUUCGUUUUUUUAAUAGUAUAUUUUACGUUUAGGCUACUUUCUUAUAUCAAAACAAUUAAGUAGAACACAAUAUUUAGGUAAACACACUCUCUCUAAAACGUGCCAAGCUCAUCAAGAGAUGCCUUAAACUCUGUCAAGUUUUUAAAACAUUGUGACUUUAAAAAUUUUAACAUAUACAGAGCCUACCUCGCACAGCUUUGAAGACGAGUUCGGCUUCCAGCCCAAACGGUUGAUUUUAUUUUCCCAAAUUGUCCAUCUGUUGACAUCUGAAGGGAAUCUGUAAAGCUUGAAACCCUUGUCAUGUCUAUUUGUGCAUCCAAAUGCACAACAAUCCGGCAUUUUUGGGAAAUAAACAAGAAUACUGUAAAGAAAAGGCGAACGCAAACGCGAAUUUGGCCCCAAGAUGGCUCCACGAGUCACGUGACCGUAUUUUUUCGACUCGUCUUGUCGCAACUCUUUCUUUAUGGAGGGACUCUACUUUUAAUGACCCCCACCCCUGCCACACAUCGCCUCGGGGAGGGACUGGACUGGAAAACAAACACACCUAAUAGACACCUCGAACACCUUUUGAUGGUCGUCUCCAAAUAAAUGUGCUGACCAUCCACCAUAAAGAGACCCAAACACACCUGACCUGACCCAACCCCAUCAGAGCAACGCUGAGGAAGUGUUUGCAUCUGUUUUCUUCAUUCCUGCUAAUUUCACUCAGACACAUAUCUGUUUGCAGUGUAAACACACAUGAUGUCACCUCGCUGACCUUCACGCCACUGCCAAUGCCAUAUGUGUGUGUGUGUGUUAAGGAAAAGCAAGCACUUCCUGGAUGAUAGUUUCAUCCAGCUGUUACAAGACACACACACAAACACCUCUGUGCGUCUCUUUGGCUUCACUUUUGUGCUCCUCAUCUUUGUUCUUGACGGGAAAUUUGUUUGUACAUGAUUUUAAAUAAAAAAAAAAAAGAGGUCCAAAAGCAACAAUUCUAGUUCCUGUAGACCUCGAAUAUGCCUCAUGAAAGGCUCGUACUGCAAGCAACACCGCCACCUGCUGGUGUGCGACUACACUGCUGUCCACAUAUGCUUUUAACAAGAUUAGGCUGUCAAUUCCAACAUUUUAUUUAAUUUAUACAUAUAAACACAUAAUACUAUUGAUCAGUGACAAAAUGAUAGCUUAAUAGAAAAAUACUACUUAUAUAUACAGUAUACACACACACACACACAUAUAUAUAUAUAUACACACAAAUAUAUAUAACUUAAUAGAAAAAUACUACUUAUAUAUACAGUAUAUAUAUAUAUAUAUACACACACACACACAUAUA